UACUUGGCUCACAGUGUCAGAUAUCAGUCAGAUAUGAAGAAUGACUGCAUUUACAUCGGCCUUGCCACUCAUUGAACACUUGUUCUCAUGUAAUGUGGUAAUGUUAUACUAGCCAGGCUCGUGGGUUUGCUACUCCUCAUUGCAACAGAAUAAGCCACUGGAAGUUGAUUGGCAUCCGUGGAACAUGUCGGGAAUACAAAUUGUUGCUUUCCUCUUCUGUUUCUGUGGGAUAGGGGCAAUUAUUGCAGCCACGGCCUCAAACGAAUGGAAAGUCACCAGCCGAGCAUCUUCAGUGAUAACGGCAACUUGGGUCUUCCAAGGUCUCUGGAUGAACUGCGCAGGAAACGCGAUGGGUGCUUUCCACUGUAGGCCUCAUCUGACUAUCUUCAACAUAGAGGGUUACAUCCAAGCAUGCAGAGGACUCAUGAUUGCUGCUGUCUGCCUUGGGUUUUUUGGCUCUGUGUUUGCCCUGAUCGGGAUGAAGUGUACAAAGGUUGGAGGCUCAGACCAAGCUAAAGCUAAAAUUGCUUGUUUUGCUGGAGUGAUCUUUAUUAUUUCAGGACUGAGUGCAUUGACUGGUUGCUCCCUCUAUGCUCACCGAAUCACAUCUGAGUUCUUUGACCCCACAUUUAUUGCACAAAAGUAUGAACUGGGAGCCGCUUUAUUCAUUGGUUGGGCUGGAGCAUCGCUUUGCAUAAUUGGUGGCAGCAUAUUCUGCUUCUCCAUUGUUGAAAACAAACAAACUCCACGUGCAAAGCAAUUAGAGGUAUCUGCCUGGGGAAGCUCUGUGACAUUUGGGAAUGUUCCACAGGCCAUCCUUCAUUGUGUCAUCAAUAAUAAGGAUGGUAUAUGCGUACAACAAACCAGGUUCUGUGAUGUCUUCUCGAACCAAGGCCUACUCGGCAGAUUUUAAAGCAUCCAAGAUCCCUCCAAAGCACUUCGACAAAAAUGCCUAUGUGUAAAUGGAUGCUUGGAGGAAUUUUUUUGUUAUUAAGAAUCAUAACGUAUGUACUGUCCAUCUGCAGAAUGAUUUUUAAAAGUGGCUUGGUGUCUUGAGCAUCAGCAGUUUUAUAACUAUUUUAACUGUUUUAUAAAUGAACUUUUGUCUA